CCCCUCCCAGGGAGGCAGGCAGGCGGGAGCGCCUGUGAGGAGACGCUCACCUGUGCGCACCUGCUACCCAAGGUUCCUGCAGACGGGGAAGGGAGGAAGGCGCUGUCGGCUCAGAGUCCAGGCCGGCAGAGGAAUGUUCUCUGCACGCUGGGUGCGCCCGGCACUGUACUAUGGGCCCCUGUAUGUGUCAUGUAGAUCCCUUCCAGCCAGGGCUCUGGAGCCCCUGUCCCACGUGACCCCCUCAUUUGCCUUCCUGGAAGGAGGAGGAAAAGCCCCUUCCUCGGGCAUGGGCAGCGACAGCACCCUGAAUGACACAGGGACUUGCGGUGGACUUUGAGGUCAUCCUAGAGACCCGAGCAUGGGCGGGAGGGAGGUCACAGGGGCCAGACGCUGCCGCUGCCCUGCAGAGUGAGGCCCGGCCAUCGCGGCCACGCCAGGGCUCAGCAGCCUCUCGGCGCCUCUGCUGGGUUGUCUGCCCUGUGCUGUCUCCCCCACGCCCGUGGACUUGGAUCUUUGGACUGAGGUCCUGCUGCUGUGAGGGCUGUAAGUCCCCGCUUCCCCUCCCGCUGUGAUCCGGAGACCUGCCCAGCCAGCCACCGCCUGCGGGGCCUGCUGCCCGUGUCCUCUGGUGCUCAGGAAGAAGAUGAAGGCCCGUGCACCCCCGCCCCCAGGAAAGCCCGCCCCACUGGACGCGCUCGGCCAGCAGCGGCCUCCCGGCUCAGCCCUCAGCCUGCAGCGGAACCUGGUCCCCGUGAAGGAGGCACAGCGGGACGGCCCCCUCGACAUCACCGUGGUUCUGCCCAGUGGGCUGGAGAAGCAGAGCGUGGUCAGCGGGAGCCAGGCCAUGAUGGACCUGCUGGUGGAGCUGUGCCUGCAGAACCACCUGAACCCGUCUCACCACGCCCUGGAGGUCCACGCUUCCGAGACGCAGCAGCCGCUCAGCUUCAAGCCAAACACGCCGGUCGGGACUCUGGACGUGCACACCGUGUUCCUGAAGGAGAAGGUCCCCGAGGACAAGGCCAAGCCUGGCCCACCCAAGGCGCCUGAGAAAUCUGUGCGUCUGGUGGUGAAUUACCUGCGGACACAGAAGGCCGUCGUGCGCGUGAGCCCCGAGGUCCCGCUCCAGAACAUUCUGCCCAUCAUCUGUGCAAAGUGUGACGUCAGCCCGGAUCACGUGGUUCUGCUCAGGGACAACAUCGGCGGUGAGGAGCUGGAGCUGUCCAAGUCCCUGCGUGAGCUGGGCGUGAAGGAGCUGUACGCCUGGGACAACAGAGGAGUUCUUCUGACCAAAACGCAGUCUGAGCCUUCCCUGAGCUGCCGAGAAACUUUUAGGAAAUCAUCACUUGGCAACGAAGAGGCUAAUAAAGAGAAGAAAACGUUUCUGGGAUUUUUCAAGGCUAGCAAAAGCAGCAGCAGUAAGGCCGAGCAGCCCGGGCUGUCAGGUGUGGACAGUGAGGAGGACACCUUGAAGCCAGCGCCAGGAAGGGGCUUGAACGGCUGCUCCACGACGCCCAACUCGCCGUCCAUGCCCUCCCGUUCCCUGACGCUGGGCCCAUCCCUCUCGCUGGGCAACGUCUCGGGGGUGUCCUUGAGGUCGGAGAUGAAGAAGCGCCGGGCCCCUCCCCCUCCGAGUGCGGGACCACCCGUGCAGGACAAGGUGUCGGAGAAGGUGUCUCUGGGGUCGCAGAUGGAUUUGCAGAAGAAGAAGCGGCGGGCGCCAGCGCCCCCUCCGCCCCAGCCGCCGCCGCCCAGCCCCCUGGUCCCUUCGCGCACCGAGGACUCGGAGGAGAAAAGGAAGAGCGCAGUGGGUGUCGGACGGCAGGUGCCACAGAAGCCUCCCAGGGGCACUGCUCGAGGCCCACCCCAGUUAGUGCUGCCCCCACCCCCACCCUACCCGCCUCCUGACACAGACGCGGCAGAGCCUCUCGGCUUUCCCGGGGAAGGCGCUGGUUCCGAGGCCUCGGACCUGAGACCCAAACUGAGCCUGCCCCUGGGGCCAACUGGUGUGGACGGAGCCACGCCAGUGCCCGUGGAAGCGGAGGAGACAGCGUCGGUGGGCAGCUGCUUCGCCUCGGAGGACACGACCGAGGACUCGGGGGUGAUGAGCUCCCCCUCCGACAUCGUCUCCCUGGACUCACAGCACGACAGCCUGAAGUCCAAAGACAAGUGGGCCACUGACCAAGAGGACAGCAGCGACCAGGACUUUGCUGGGACCCCGGAGCUAGGUCCCCCAAAGAGCCCUCCGUGGGACAGGAACGGCCCUGGGAGCAUGAACCCAAGAGCAGGAAGAGUGGCCACCGCCACAGGUGAUGGCGACGGCGACUUCCUCCUUACGGGCCAGUUCCAGAGAGCACUGGUGGAGUUCGAGGGAGACAUGGAAGACGUGGAGGAGAGCUACGGGACAGACAGCAACUCGCUGACCAGCUCCAGCACUGGCGAAUCCCACCACGGUGCGCGGGAGGCCCCGGCCUCGGACGGUGACGCGGAUGCAAUCCCGGUGACCUUCAUAGGGGAGGUUCCUGACGAUCCCUUGGACCUGGGCGUGUUUUGCAACAGAAACAACAAUGCCGGCUCCUUUGACACAGAGGAUGCCGCCAGCAGGAGGGCACACCUGUCCCCGUUCCAGGCUGGGCCCAGCCAGCCCCAUGCCAGGGUGAGCACAGAGGGGCCUGACCCACAGGCUCCUUCCCGUGACGCAUCAGCCGCAUCUGCCACCCGCAGAGACGGGCGCCCAGCUGCAGCGGGGCCUCUGGGGACAGCUUUUGCUUCCAGGCUUCGUGCCGAUGAGCACAACACAGAGAACGACGCAGCGCGUGGCCCUGCCUAUGGUGAGAAGACGCAGGCCACAGAGAACACGAGGCCCCCGGCCCUGCCUGGGAAGGACAGCAGGGCCAGCAGUGCCAUCUCGGCCCCGCUGGCCUGGCACCAACGAGGUCAAACCCCUGGGGGAAGCUAUGGCCUCCGCCACGGCCUCACCACCUACAAAAUCGUCCCUGCCAAGUCGGAGACGAGGCGCUACGACACAGCAGGGUCCCUGUCCUCGGGUGCCAUCAUGAUCAACGAGCGCGGGGACCUGGUGAGCCCCCACACAAACACCAGGACCAUCUCCUCAGCCCCAUCCCUUCCGGACACAGACCCUCAGCCUGUCGAAAAGGUCAGAGAGUUCUGGAGGUGCAACUCUGUGGACAAGCCCCCGGGCCAAACCAAGAGACCCCUCCCCACCUCCACCUCCGUCCCCGCCUCCACCUGCACCUCCUCCCCCACCUCGGCCUCUGCCUCUGUCGUGCUGGCCCAGCCGCUGCACCCCGAUGGCUGGCCAAGAGCAGUGAACACGCCCACAGCACCGCGGCCACAGUCUGCUGCCCAGGAAGCUGGCACGCACCUGGAGGAGGGGAGGAGCCGGCCACUCUCGCUGUCCGUGGUCACUUGUCACACGCAGGUGCCAGCCACUGGCAGCACGGAGGUUAUGUUCCCCAGGCCCCAGAGGAGAACGUCCAGCCAGUACGUGGCCUCCGCCAUAGCCAGGCGGAUAGGACCCCCGAAGGCCCAGCAGCACGGCAGUUCUGACAAGGGCCACGCAGGCCGAGCACCAGCGCCGGCUGCACAGCCUCUGCCUGCCCCCUGCCUGUCCUCAGAGACGCAGGGACGCAAAGGCAGUGCUGGGCAGACCUGUGUGGCGGGAUCAGCCGCGGGAGCCCACCCUCGAGGGGACAUCUGCAGCCCGCAAGGAAAGCUGUCGUCUCCUGGGGACAGUCUCCCCAGUGUCCCCAUAGGGUCCGGCUUCCCGCGAGGCGGACCUUCCCAGAGGGAUCCUAUCUCUCUGGAGCAGGCUUGUGGUUUCACCGGGAAGCAAAGUACCAGGAACCAGAAGCCUGGCACAGCGUCCGACCCUGUGUGCCCACGGAACGGGGCACGCCCCCUGACCCAGCAGGUGGCAGACGCCCAGGCCCCGUCAGGCACGGUGCUGCUGAAUGGCUCCGCCUGGGCUCCAGGCAGCCGUGGGCUUCCAGGCCCGCCCUCGGGCUCCGGCACUGAGCAUGGAAGGGCUGUCAGUCAGCUGUCAGUGGGUCAGUGUGUGAGCCCGGGAAGCAAGGACACACCACAGCCCUUACCCAGCAACGCGCAUGACACAGACGGGGCCCCGCCCCUCAGCAUCUUUGGGCCGAAGAAGAAGUUCAGACCUGUGGUCCAGAGGCCGGUCCCGGAGGACACGUCCCUACACAGCGCCCUGAUGCAGGCCAUCGUCUCUGCCGGGGGGACACACACGCUGCGCAAGACCGCAGAGCUCAACGUGGAGCGGGGGCCCAAGAAGCCAUCCUACACAGAGGCAGAGAGUGAGCGGUCAGCGCUGCUCGCGGCCAUCCGAGGGCACAGCGGCUCCCGAAGCCUGAGGAAGGUGUCCUCCUCGGCCUCUGAGGAGCUCCAGAUCUUCCGGGAUGCCGCGCGCUCUGCAGCAGGCCCAGGGGACCCUUGGCGGGAAGACCCAGGCCCUCCACCCCCACCAGCCCUGCCAGCCCCUGCCCUGCCAGCCUCCCGAGCUCUCUCUGCAUCAGGGGCAGCCUCCGGGUCCAGCACAGGCACUCUCGACAACCCGGUGGACGCCAGGCAGGCCCUGAUGGACGCCAUCCGCUCCGGCACAGGGGCUGCGAGGUUGAAAAAGGUGCCAUUGCUUGUGUGAGUCACUGCUGGAGGUCAGGACACCCAGAACCCGCCCGCCAGACACCCCCGUCAUCACCGGAGGAUUCCUCGUGGCAGGAACAUCCAGCCCUGGCACUGCUUCCUUGUCCUCAGGCCAAACGCGGGCAGUUGCUUCUCAGUCUGUUCUUGCGUAGAUUCCACAGGAGGGAAAGGCUGCCUUGCACUGCAGCUGUGUGCCAAGGAGAUGUGCUUUGCCUCUGAACACUUACAGUUGCCAACAACGAUCCUUGUUGGCAGGCUGCAGGGAGUGCAGCCGCCAGCCCAGCCCAGCCCUUGGCUACAGCGCCGGUGGUGAGAUGCCGACUGGGACCGUCGAAGCUUCUCCCCCGUCCACCAUCGACGGCUGAGCCUUUCACCUCGGUGAAAUCUUUCUCUGCGGGUGGUCUGCUCACGUGUCAGGGAGCUGUGAGGCUUUUUCCAAGGUGACUGCACUGGGCGGCAGAGCUGUUGGGUUCUUGUUCCUCCAACAUCAGGGUAACACGCCUCGCAGGGGUUUGUGAUUUGGCCAACAAAGCUGAGAAUCGACUGUCAGUGCCCAGAGCUACAGUCACACAGAAUCGUGCGCACAGGGCAUUCCCAAGCCCCCAGCUCUUGCCCGGCAGGCUGUGAUGUGCAGAGGCCUCCCCCAGGGUGGGGGCUGUGCACGGAGCCUCGGAAACCCUGCCAAGGAGCAGGGCGCUGGGUGCUGCAGGUCACAGGGAAUGCAGCAAAACCGUGCCUGUCUGGGUGCCUUUCCCACGGCUGGGUGGCUCCCUGGUGCUCCCUGGUGAUCUUGUCAUGGCACACGGUGCUUAGCCACCAGUGCUCAUGGGAGCGUUUCACUCCUGCAUCAGUUCUCAUCCAUCUCUCUCAAGUGUUUUAUUAUAUUGGAAAAAAUCUCUUUGGGAGAGUCGUAGAGAUCAUGGGACGUUCAUGAAAUAGAAGAACUCGCCAUUAACGGGAAAGCACGGGUGAAGCAGUGGUCUUGCCACUGGGAUGCAGGCAUUGGGGCCUGGGAGCUUUGCAUCGUGGCUGGACUUUGUGAGCCAAGAGCUACCAUCCAGUUGCUCCAAGUCACAGCUGUCUAGGGUUUGCCUCUAGUGCCACAAAUAAAUGAGAUGAAAUCAGA